GUGAAGCAAAGGUUUGGGUUUUUGUCAGUCCAGUUUUGAGAGAAUGACGUCAUGGAUACAGCAGCUGAGAUGAGUUUUGUGCACGUGGUGGCUUGGCUCAGUGUUCACUGUACACUGGAAAGUCAGUGUCUAUGUCAAGCUGCUGAUUCUCUGUUAUAACAGAAGUCAGAUGAAGUGGUUUGGUCACCUGUGGAUUUAACACAUUCUCCUUUACAGAGCCUGAAGUAGUCUGGAACCUCACUGUGUCUGAAUUCACAACAUCCUCUAUAUAUGUGAUGUGGACCGAACCAAAUGGAGAGCGCUCCUUUUAUAGAGUACAGUGGACUAAUGGAACAACUAAUUGGAUGGUCAAUGUCAGUGAAAGAAAAAUAAAUGUCACUGAGCUGACUGCUGGAGUCAAGUACACUGUUACUGUCAUAGCAGUAGCUGGAGAUAACAAAACAGAAAGUGACACAGCAGAGACUUUUCAUUAUACAAAGCCUAAACUAGUCAGAAAUCUCUCUGUCAUUGAUGUCAGCACAUCCUCUGUCGCUUUGAACUGGACUGCACCAGAAGGAAACAGCUCCUUCUAUAGAGUACAGUGGACGAGUGGAAAUGUCAGUGGGACUAACACUGUGUCUGAAACAUCUGUGACCAUCAGUAACCUGACUGCUGGUGUCCAGUACACAAUAACUGUUACUGCUGUGGCAUAUGACGGCGUUACUGAUGGACAGAGCUCCACUGUGCAUCGAUACACAAAGCCUGAAGUAGUCUGGAACCUCACUGUCUCUGAAUUCACAACAUCCUCUAUAUAUGUGAUGUGGACCGAACCAAAUGGAGAGCGCUCCUUUUAUAGAGUACAGUGGACUAAUGGAACAACUAAUUGGAUGGUCAAUGUCAGUGAAAGAAAAAUAAAUGUCACUGAGCUGACUGCUGGAGUCAAGUACACUGUUACUGUCAUAGCAGUAGCUGGAGAUAACAAAACAGAAAGUGACACAGCAGAGACUUUUCAUUAUACAAAGCCUAAACUAGUCAGAAAUCUCACUGUCACUGACGUCAACACAUCCUCGGUCUCUGUGAACUGGACUGCACCAGAAGGAAACAGCUCCUUCUAUAGAGUACAGUGGACAGGUGGAAAUGUCAGUGGGACUAACACUGUGUCUCAAACACCUGUGACCAUCAGUAACCUGACUGCUGGUGUCCAGUACACAAUAAAUGUUACUGCUGUGGCAUAUGACGGCGUUACUGAUGGACAGAGCUCCACUGUGCAGCGAUACACAAAGCCUGAAGUAGUCUGGAACCUCACUGUCUCUGAAUUCACAACAUCCUCUAUAUAUGUGAUGUGGACCGAACCAAAUGGAGAGCGCUCCUUUUAUAGAGUACAGUGGACUAAUGGAACAACUAAUUGGAUGGUCAAUGUCAGUGACACAAAAAUAAAUGUCACUGAGCUGACUGCUGGAGUCAAGUACACUGUUACUGUCAUAGCAGUAGCUGGAGAUAACAAAACAGAAAGUGACACAGCAGAGACUUUUCAUUAUACAAAGCCUAAACUAGUCAGAAAUCUCACUGUCACUGACGUCAACACAUCCUCUGUCUCUGUGAACUGGACUGCACCAGAAGGAAACAGCUCCUUCUAUAGAGUACAGUGGACAGGUGGUAAUGUCAGUGGGACUAACACUGUGUCUCAAACACCUGUGACCAUCAGUAACCUGACUGCUGGUGUCCAGUACACAAUAACUGUUACUGCUGUGGCAUAUGACGGCGUUACUGAUGGACAGAGCUCCACUGUGCAGCGAUACACAAAGCCUGAAGUAGUCUGGAACCUCACUGUCUCUGAAUUCACAACAUCCUCUAUAUAUGUGAUGUGGACCGAACCAAAUGGAGAGCGCUCAUUUUAUAGAGUACAGUGGACUAAUGGAACAACUAAUUGGAUGGUCAAUGUCAGUGAAAGAAAAAUAAAUGUCACUGAGCUGACUGCUGGAGUCAAGUACACUGUUACUGUCAUAGCAGUAGCUGGAGAUAACAAAACAGAAAGUGACACAGCAGAGACUUUUCAUUAUACAAAGCCUAAACUAGUCAGAAAUCUCACUGUCACUGACGUCAACACAUCCUCGGUCUCUGUGAACUGGACUGCACCAGAAGGAAACAGCUCCUUCUAUAGAGUACAGUGGACGAGUGGUAAUGUCAGUGGGACUAACACUGUGUCUCAAACACCUGUGACCAUCAGUAACCUGACUGCUGGUGUCCAGUACACAAUAACUGUUACUGCUGUGGCAUAUGACGGCGUUACUGAUGGACAGAGCUCCACUGUGCAGCGAUACACAAAACCAGGUAUAAUUGGGGAACCUACUGUGUCCCAAACCACCUCCUCCAUCUCUCUGAACUGGACCUCACCUCCUGGUCAGGUGUUCAUGUACAGGUUGGAGUGGCACAAUGGUGGAGCUCUGAUGAGUAGAUACACAGAGCAAACCUUUGCUGAGCUGUCAGAGCUCAUCUCUGGUACUAAUUACACAGUCACAGUCACUGCGGUUGCUGGAGACAAUCAGACAGAAGGACGUCCUUACACAUUCACCUCAGUCACAAAGCCUAAACUAGUCAGAAAUCUCACUGUCACUGACGUCAACACAUCCUCGGUCUCUGUGAACUGGACUGCACCAGAAGGAAACAGCUCCUUCUAUAGAGUACAGUGGACAGGUGGUAAUGUCAGUGGGACUAACACUGUGUCUCAAACACCUGUGACCAUCAGUAACCUGACUGCUGGUGUCCAGUACACAAUAACUGUUACUGCUGUGGCAUAUGACGGCGUUACUGAUGGACAGAGCUCCACUGUGCAGCGAUACACAAAGCCUGAAGUAGUCUGGAACCUCACUGUCUCUGAAUUCACAACAUCCUCUAUAUAUGUGAUGUGGACCGAACCAAAUGGAGAGCGCUCCUUUUAUAGAGUACAGUGGACUAAUGGAACAACUAAUUGGAUGGUCAAUGUCAGUGAAAGAAAAAUAAAUGUCACUGAGCUGACUGCUGGAGUCAAGUACACUGUUACUGUCAUAGCAGUAGCUGGAGAUAACAAAACAGAAAGUGACACAGCAGAGACUUUUCAUUAUACAAAGCCUAAACUAGUCAGAAAUCUCACUGUCACUGACGUCAACACAUCCUCGGUCUCUGUGAACUGGACUGCACCAGAAGGAAACAGCUCCUUCUAUAGAGUACAGUGGACAGGUGGAAAUGUCAGUGGGACUAACACUGUGUCUCAAACACCUGUGACCAUCAGUAACCUGACUGCUGGUGUCCAGUACACAAUAACUGUUACUGCUGUGGCAUAUGACGGCGUUACUGAUGGACAGAGCUCCACUGUGCAGCGAUACACAAAGCCUGAAGUAGUCUGGAACCUCACUGUCUCUGAAUUCACAACAUCCUCUAUAUAUGUGAUGUGGACCGAACCAAAUGGAGAGCGCUCAUUUUAUAGAGUACAGUGGACUAAUGGAACAACUAAUUGGAUGGUCAAUGUCAGUGAAAGAAAAAUAAAUGUCACUGAGCUGACUGCUGGAGUCAAGUACACUGUUACUGUCAUAGCAGUAGCUGGAGAUAACAAAACAGAAAGUGACACAGCAGAGACUUUUCAUUAUACAAAACCAGGUAUAAUUGGGGAACCUACUGUGUCCCAAACCACCUCCUCCAUCUCUCUGGACUGGACCUCACCUCCUGGUCAGGUGUUCAUGUACAGGUUGGAGUGGCACAAUGGUGGAGCUCUGAUGAGUAGAUACACAGAGCAAACCUUUGCUGAGCUGUCACAGCUGAUCUCUGGUACUAAGUACACAGUCACAGUCACUGCGGUUGCUGGAGACAAUCAGACAGAAGGACGCCCUUUCACAUUCACCUCAACCACAAAGCCUGAAGUUGUCAGAAAUCUCACUGUCACUAACGUCAGCACAUCCUCGGUCUCUGUGAACUGGACUGCACCAGAUGGACACAGCUCCUUCUAUAGAGUACAGUGGACAGGUGGAAGUGUCAGUGGGACUAACAGUGUGUUUCAACCAUCUGUGACCAUCAGUAACCUGACUGCUGGUGUCCAGUACACAAUAAAUGUUACUGCUGUGGCAGAUGACGACAUUACUGAAGGACAGAGCUCCACUGUACAGCAAUACACAAGGCCUGAAAAGCCUGUGAACAUUGUGAUUAUCAGUCGAGGAACUGAUAACCUAAACAUCAGCUGGACUUUGUCUCAAGGGAAGGCUGAUAGGUAUGAGGUGAACAUCUCAAACUCACCUCUGAUGUAUUUUAAUAUCACUGAAACAGUCGCCACCACAGCCCUCUUUCCGAAUUUAUAUCCGGGGAGAAUUUAUGUCAUCACUGUGACCGCUAAAGCUGGACCCCUCAGUGACAAGUCUGAGCCAUUUUCAUUUGCAACUAAACCCACACCUCCUGGUUCCAUAAUCAUCGGCGAUAAGACAAACUCUUCACUCCCCCUGGGGUGGGCAAUUCCAGUCUUGAUGGAAGGUGCUACAGACUUCAGCUACCACAUCAACUACCAGCCUGUGGAUGGCUCAUUGCAAAAUAAAAGCUCCACAGUCAAUAACACCGAGCUGUCCCAACUCUCCUCUGGAACUUCCUACAAAAUAACCAUAGAAACGGUUGGACCACAAAAUUUAAGGAGCACGGCCGUCCAAACGUCUGCUUUCACCUUGCCCAAUCCUGUGUUGAACCUUGUAGCCAGCCCUUUCUCCACCACCUCAGUCCAAGUGAAUUGGUCAGACCCACUGGGAGUCCAGCAGAAUUAUUCCUACUUGGUUAAGGCAACUACCUACAACGCUUCAGAAAUAACUGUUAACACAACAGCCAACAGCGCUAAUGUACCUGACCUGGAGCCAGGAACUAGAUAUAACAUCAGUGUCAGGACAAUAGCAGCACCAGGAGCUGAAUCCGAGGACAAACAUACAUUCAGUUACACAAUGCCUAAAGCAGUCACCAACCUCACAACGACUUCGAACACAACAGCCAUCCAAUUGACGUGGAGCCAACAGAGUGAUUAUAAGACUUCCUACUCCUACCUGGUGCAGGCAUUCCAGGACACCAUAGAGGUUCAGAGAAAUCAAACAGCAACAGAGUCUUAUACCUUCUUUGGUCUGAACCCUGGAGAACUGUACACUUUGUAUGUGUUUACAGUUGUAGAAGGAGUCAAAUCCACAGAGGAAACCAAAAAAACUCACACAAGGCCUGAAGUAGUGUCUAACAUCACAGCCAUAGGAGACACAACUAACAUGUCAGUGAGCUGGGACCCCGCAAUUGGGCGGGUGGCCGCCUACACUGUCUGGCUGUACAGAGACGGACAGUUGGUGGCAAACAAGAAUCUGAGUAACACUACUGUAAAUACAGUAUUUCAGCACCUGAAACCAGGAGUGCUUUACUGUGUUGAGGUGGUCACCAAAAGUGGGCCUUUUGAGAGCAACAGUUCAAUGAUUUGCAAUGCAACUUUUCCCAACCCUCCUGGUCCCAUCACAGUGAUGUCACAGACUGUGAAGUCCAUCAACUUUACCUGGCCGCGUCCAGAGGACAUGGAUCAAAAUCUUUACAGCUUCAGCUUGUCCAACAUCAGUUGCUCCUUUCUGAUUAAAAACAACUGGUCCUUGUUUGACAAUCUCCAGUCUGGAAGCCUCUACAACAUCUCUGUUGUUACUGUAGGCGUGAGGAACUAUACAAGCACAGCAGUGACAGCACAAAGCUAUACCAGACCAUAUUCUGUAACUGAGCUGAGGGAGGCAGAAAUCACCACAAAUGCUGUGACCUUGGUGUGGCAACAGCCGGAGAGCAAACCUUUCUACUCAUAUGUGGUGCAGUUUGUCAAUGGCUCCCUUGUUCUUCGUGAAAAAGUUUUAAACGGCACAAUCACUGGACUUUUAUCUGGGAGCAACUACAGCUUCACUGUCACGACAGAGACAGCAGAUGGCACUCAGGCAGCCCCUGUGACAGUCUCCUUCUUUACACGACCUUAUAGUGUUACCAGUUUACAUGCUGAAACCCGUAACACAACCACUGUAAAUCUAACUUGGACAAAACCACUGGAAUAUAAGGAUGGAUAUACAUAUCGGGUUCAGACUACAAGCUGUGGCUUCCAAAACACGUCGGUGUCAAACGAAGUCGCACAGAUCUCAGAGCUCAGCCCUGGGACCAGCUGCAGCUUCUGUGUUUUUGUCAGGGCAGCGAAUGGUAUCGAAGGGGAAGCAAACUGUACCUCGCAAUACACAAAGCCUGAGACAGUGCAACCCAGUCUCUCCAGCCAGGGUUCCAAUAGCUCAAUGCUGGUCUCAUGGACCAAACCUCCUGGGAAAGUGGAAAACUAUAAGGUUGUUCUUAAUAACAACUCUUCCUCGCUUGAGCAAGAGCUGAACUCUACCAGUACCUACUUCCUGUUUGAAAGCCUAUCUGCAGGGAUGCUUUACACUGUCACGGUAACCACAUACAGUGGACCCUUCAGUGCAUCAUCUAAAUUAAUCACCAAUGCAACUUUCCCUAACCCUCCCGGGGUUAUUGAAGUUCUGACAAGGACAACAAGUUCUAUUAAAAUUAGGUGGGACGAAGCUCCUCUGAUGACCGGAGCAUCGUUCCACUACAGAUUGACUAACACGCCAUCCCAGGGACUUGGAUAUAACUCUACCACUGACACCAGUCACACUUUUGACUCGCUGCUCUCUGGGACGUCCUACAAUAUCUCCGUUUCAACAAUUGGAGUCAUGGAUUUUGAGAGUGAGAAGGUUUACAAGUGGUUGGUUACUACAAGACCAUUGAGUGUGCCGUCUGUUGUGGCACAUGCAGCAAGAGAGGACAACAUCACAGUCACAUGGGAAAACCCUGCUGACUACAAGGAAAGCUAUUAUUACAAUUUGACCUGGCAAAGUAAAAACGGGCCCCUCAGUAUUCUAACAAAGGGAACCGAGGACAUAAUCUAUAACCUGGAUCCUGGGAGCCGCUAUAGCUUCAAUGUCACCACAGUAACCUCUGAUGGAACACAGGGUGCUACAACAUCGAAUUCCAGCUGCACAAAUGCAAGUCCGGUGAAUAACUUAAAAUGUGAAGGCCCAAACACACCAGAUGCAAAAAUCAUCCUAUCCUGGACCAAACCCAGUGGCCAACACUCUGACUUCCUGAUCGCUGUAAACAACAGCAAGAUCGAAAACAACACCUGCUGCAAUCGUACUGUGUCCAACCUUCAUCAUUUUACUGCAUACAGGCUGACUGUGCAGACACGGAGCUGUGGCCAGCCCAGCACUCCUGUAUCUCUUGACUGUUGGACAGGCAUUACAGCUCCACCCAUUCCACCCAACUAUGAGUCACUGUUGGUGGUGACUAGUAAGGAAUACAACAAGUUCUCCAUUCAGGUUGACAGAGAGCUGCUGAAUGGCACCAAUGGGCCAGUUACACAUGUUGGGGUGCUGGUGACAAACAACGCCCCUGGUGACUCUUCUACUUUGGCACAGUACUUGAAUAAAACUUAUGAUCAGUGGAAGGCAAAGGCUACUCCUGUAUACUUGGCAACAGUCACUCAGACCAGCCUGCAGUCACGCAAUACAAUCAUCUAUCUCAGCAUAGACGUAGGCAGUGGAUCUACAUGGGGGGGCUACCUUAAUGGUCCUCUGGAAGCCACUGGAAAAUACCAAUGUGCCAUUGUGUUGUUCACCAGUAUGACUGUGCAGGAAGGCCUUGUGAAUGGUCAACUUUCACUGGUCACAAUAACAAAAUUCUACGCUGUGAUUGAACUUCCACAAAACCCAGCUGUCAUUUCCAUUGCCAUCGGAGCAACACUGGGAAUUUUCUGCGUUCUCUUCAUCAUCCUCAUUGGCUUCAUUAUCUACUGGAAAAGGUUAUCCAAGAAAGAAACAUCAGACAUCCAGAUUCAUUCCAUGAGAGCCAAAGUAAGUGUGCCUGUGAGGAUAGAGGACUACGAGGCUUAUUACAAGAAGCAGAAAGCAGACUCCAACUGUGGCUUCGCUGAAGAGUUUGAGGACCUGAAGGUUGUUGGCACAGGCCAGUCGAAAACAAGUGCUCUGACUUUGGAGAACAAGCCCAAGAACCGCUACAACAACGUACUUCCCUAUGACUCUUCUAGGGUGAAACUCUCUAUUAUCCAUGGAAGUCCAUAUGAUGACUACAUCAAUGCUAACUACAUGCCGGGUUACAACUCCAGGAAGGAGUUUAUCGCAGCUCAGGGUCCUUUGCCCACCACAGUCAACGAGUUCUGGAGGAUGAUAUGGGAGAAGAAUGUACAGACCCUGGUCAUGCUGACACGUUGUAAUGAGCAGGGACGAGUAAAAUGUGAGCAGUACUGGAGUUCUGGCACCAAGCACUUUGAAAACAUCACUGUGACAACAGCCUCUGAAAUACCACUUGAAGACUGGACCAUCAGGGACUUCGACAUUAAAAAUGUGAAAACAGCAGAGACCCGUUCAGUGCGUCACUUCCACUUCACAGCCUGGCCGGAUCACGGGGUACCAGAAACCACCGAGCUCCUCAUCAGCUUUAGACAUCUGGUCAGAGAGCACAUGGACCAAUACUCCAGAAACUCUCCUACUGUGGUCCACUGCAGUGCUGGCGUGGGGCGCACUGGCACCUUUAUAGCCAUUGAUCGUCUGAUCUUCCAGAUUGAAAGGGAGAAUACUGUGGACGUGUAUGGCAUCGUCCAUGACCUGCGCAUGCAUCGGCCACUUAUGGUGCAGACAGAGGAUCAGUAUGUGUUCCUAAACCAGUGUGCUAUGGACAUCAUCAGAUCAAGAACUGGAACUAAUGUGGAUCUAAUCUACCAAAACACAGCUGCGCUCUCUAUUUAUGAGAACAUAGAACCCAAAAAAGGUUUUCGCAAAAACGGGUACCACAAUGCGUAGGCCAGAGAAACUCAUCAGGUCUUCUGCUUCUCUCUCUUCACUCUCAGCAAGAACCUGAGCAGACAUUUGUAAAGGGAACGCCUUAACACAUUGUGCUGUAUUUAUUUUUUUAAUACCUGUCAUGCUCUUGUUUAAGACCUUGUAGCUUUCUUGAUUUAAAUCUCUUUUUUCUGGUAUUUAUUUGUUAAAAAUGAAGAAUAUUUUAUAUUAAAGAAAACUGUAUAUGGAGAUACGAUAAUGAACAUAAACAAUGACCAAAAAUGUUUGGAUUAUAUGUAAACUUCAGUCUUGGAUACUUUCUUAUGAUUGCAUACUUUUACAUUGCUCAGUUGUUUUUUUUUCUCCUUUCUUACUACUGUAUAUGACACACUGAUGAUUAUAUUUUUAGCUCAGGUAAUAUGUUGGAUGCUGUAUAGGUAUUAUUACAGACAUUUUUGACAAAAGAGUAAUUAAUUUAGCCUUUAGAAUGGCAGUGUACAAAUAAAUGCUGUUAUAAAAUACAAUGUGCCUUCUAAAAACCUGUGUGCUUUAAUACCAGUAGGUGGCACUCUUUUAUUUUUCUUUUACUGCUGAAGGCAAAACUGUCUGUUUUGAUUUCACCUUGUUUUGGCAACCUUAAAAUUAACUUUUUCAAUAUGUCAUAUUUUAUCUAUGUUGUUGUUUUUGCACCUCUGAAGCCAAUUUGAACUGUGCAAUGCCUUGCAAUGAAGGAGACGUGUUGUUUGUUGUAAAGUCUUUUGUUUGUGUUUGCACUGUAGUGAAUAAUGCACUGGAUGCAUUUGUCUUUCUACACUGUCCACUUUGUUAAACUAUGAAUUUUUUUUGUUAAACUAUGAGUAUCUUUGAUUAUAUUUUGGCCAGUGCUUUGUGAAAGUGUAACCUUUUGGUUUUCACCCAUUAUCUGAUUGUUCCUACAGUUUUACUCUGAUUAUUUUUUGAAGAUUAAAGACACAGGUCACAUUUUACAAAAGCUCAGGAACUAAAGUAAUAAAAACUGAACAUUUUACUGGUA